AUGCGUCCAUCCUCUGUCCAAGUCUGCAGCAUCCCCUGCCGCACGUCAUUUUCCAAUAAAGAAACUUUACAUCGAGCCAUCAUCAUCAUGGCUAUCAACAAAUCCAAAGUAGCAGUGGGGUUUUUAGUGGCUGGGAUACUCACAGUCGUCUUUGGUGGAGUGCUGUUAAUUGUGGGUCCAACGGUGAUGUACGACCAAAUCAUUAAGAUAGUAAAGAACACUGUGAUUGACCCAAGCAAUGAGAUGACUUACACCAUGUGGAAGGACAUCCCUGUUCCCUUCUUCAUGUCUGUCUACUUUUUCAAUGUCCUUAAUCCCAAGGAAAUAUUAAAAGGAGAAAAGCCAAUGAUCGAGCAGCGGGGCCCCUAUGUUUACAGAAAACGUUGCCAGAAGGACAACAUCACAUUUCAUCCCAACCAUACAGUGUCAUACAGAGAGUACCGUCAGUACUUCUUUGAGCCAAGCAUGUCUGUUGGCAACGAGUCCGACAUAGUCACCAUCCCCAACAUGCUGGUCCUGGGAGCUGCUGUAAUGCUGCAAGAUUUGCCUUAUGCUGUUCGUUUAAUGAUUAGUACAACCUUUAAGACUUUCAAAGAAGGCCCUUUUCUAACGAAGACGGUAGAGGAGCUCAUGUGGGGCUAUGACAGCAAACUGGUCGAGUUCCUCAAUAAAUACCUGCCCGGCAUGUUGCCUUCCACUGGAAAGUUUGGUCUCUUUGCAGAGUUUAACAAUUCCAACACUGGUCUGUUCACCAUCUUUACUGGUCAAGAUGACAUCAAAAAUGUCCACAGAGUUGACUCCUGGAAUGGCCUGACAGAGCUCAACUACUGGCGAACGCCUCAGUGCAACAUGAUCAAUGGAACCGCUGGACAGAUGUGGCCGCCGUUCAUGACCAAAGAAACCACAUUGCCUUUUUACAGUCCUGACGCCUGCAGAUCAAUGGAGCUUGUUUACCAGCGCCCAGGUCACAUGAAGGGGAUCCCCUACUACAGAUAUGUUGCUCCCACAACUCUUUUCGCUAAUGGAACGGACUAUUCCCCCAAUGAAGGCUUUUGUCCAUGCAGACAAUCUGGUUUGCUCAACGUCAGCAGCUGUCGUCACAAUUCUCCAGUGUUUAUCUCACACCCUCACUUCUUCAACGCUGACCCAGUGCUGCUGGACUUUGUGCAGGGGCUGGCACCCACAGAGGAGCAACAUGGCCUCUUCAUUGAUAUCCACCCGGAAACGGGAGUCCCUCUGAAUGUGUCCAUCCGCCUCCAGCUCAACCUGUACAUGAAAACGGUGCCAGGAAUUACAGAAACUGGAAAGAUAUCUGAGGUGGUGAUGCCGAUGCUUUGGUUUGAAGAGAGAGGAUAUAUCGAUGGCCCCAUCCUCGACACAUUCCACACAAACCUGGUGAUCCUUCCCGCUGUCAUGGAGUACAUGCAGUAUGGCUUCAUCGCUCUUGGUCUUCUAUCAAUCCUGGUGUCUGCGCUGGUGCUGUGGAGACAAAAGGGGUCAAUGAAGAGCUCUCAUGAAGUGGAGAAAAAUAAACUUAAAAACUCAGAGAAGUAA